AUGCCCAUCGCCGCAUUGCCAGAGACUACUGUGCGUCUCCUUGGCUCUGCCGGAUCCAUUGCCACGCCGGUUGAUGUGGUUAAGGAACUUCUAGACAAUGCAAUUGACGCAGGAGCCACGUCUGUCGAGAUUCUUGUGUCAGCAAACCUCGUCGACAACAUCCAGGUCAGAGACAAUGGGCACGGAAUCCAGCCUGAUGACUACAACUCCCUCGGCCGCCUGGGUCACACGAGUAAGCUGAGGUCCUUCGAAGAGCUACACAACUUCGGUGGAAGCACACUUGGUUUCCGAGGUCAAGCGUUGGCCAGCGCAAACUCCCUAGGACGCGUCACAGUCAUCACGAGGUCUAUCGAAGAUCUAACAGCAGUGAAGCUGACAAUUUCACCUGGCUGCGGCGGCAUCGAGAGCCAACAGCGCGUAUCUGCACCAAUUGGUACCACUGUGUCCGUGACAGGGCUCUUUAAUUCCAUUCCUGUGCGCGAACAAGUUGCUAUAAGGGAGGCACAAAAGAAUCUUGCCAAAACCAAGCAACUAUUGCACGCGUAUGUCUUAGCCAGACCGCUGAUCCGAGUUUCAUUCAAAGUUUUGGGUGGAAAUCUGAAGCAGACUUGGUCUUACUCUCCCCGCCCACAGACCACUGUCAGAGAAGCGGUUGUUCAGGUAUUUGGGACAGGCCUCAUGUCACAAUGUGUGUUCAAGGUAGUGGCUACUGAGAGCGACUACCAUAGGGAGGGAAACGCUCACGAUGGCUCACACUUGACCAUUGAGGCCAUCUUGCCCAAGCCGGACGCAGAUUUGUCCAAGCUUUCAAAGGGCUCUUUCUUUUCUGUCGACUCUCGACCCGUGUCAACUUCGCGCGGUACCAUGAAGAAACUACUGUCAACUUUUAAGAGACACUUUAAAAAGUCCCUCGGUGUGGAUGUUGAAGACAGACGGCUGAGUGACACCUUCAUCUGCUUCAACGUCAAGUGCUCCCCUGGUACUUACGAUCCGAACGUCGAGCCGUCGAAAAGCCAGGUCCUCUUUUCCGACGAGUCCCAGUUAAUGGAAUUAUUUGAGGUGCUAUGUUCGCAAAUCUACCCGACUCAAAAGACAGUGGACGCCUUCGUAACGAUCGAAAAGAGGCCACUCACGGGACAAUCACAAACACGAACACCACCGCCAAGCAGUGAUGGACCUCAAGAAUUCACCGGGCUACCAGAACCUCAUCGAGAUGAGCCGUCGUACAGAGCAUCUGUCCGCCGGCCCCGGACGCCUGAUGCAACUAGCCCUUACACUGUCUUGCGAGGCUCUCUGAAAGCAGUUAUCGCCCCAUCUGAGCAGAUGAAGGAGAAUCGUCAACCGCCAAAGACCCCACUCACGGGGCAACUCCACACAGCCCAGUGGCCAGCAGAACUCUCAGAUCUCAGAACAGUUCGUGGAGGGUCUCAGAGAGGACUGAUGCGCCUGGAGGAUCCAGCCAGCAUAGAGCAGUCACCGACUCUUGGUCAUGAUGGCCCCGCCAUGCGGCUUCGUUCUCCGUCAAGAAAUUGCAAUCCAUAUGCUGCCGACGAAGCCGUAUCACAUCAAGCAAGUUCACGUUGUCAUCAAGGUCGCAAACGAGGAUUCGUCGUGAACAUGUCGGCGGACCCAGACCUGACAUCUGACGAAGAAGCCGAGGCCAGCGCAUCCAGUUCCUGCGACUUGCGAGAAGCAUAUCUACCGCCAGAAGAGCCAGUUGAUAAUUCGAAAGAAGCCCUGAACCCGUGGACAAUCGCAAAGAUGACCGCCCCAGCUCGACAGAGGACCGCUGAUGAUAUCGACGCAGACAGCGCCGGUCGAUGUUUUGUUCAUCCGCAAGAAACAGGUGCACCACCCAUGUCAGAUGAUGCAAUUGAGGAGGAUUUUCCAAUCUUGUGGCCGCAGAGAGGCGCACCUAGGGAUCUUGAUACACCCCAUAUGAUGCGAUUCGCGAAUUCGCACAUCGACCACCUUCAGGCUUCCAAUAUCCAAGAUCCCGACCCAACGACGAUGCUUCAAAAUCCACAGACGAUUUCUCAAGUGGGCCACGAUCUAUCUCAGACACAUUCGCAUACGGGACAGUCGACCGAACGGCGCAAGGUGCCCGAUAUCGAGUCCCAUCGUGACGACCCUGAGGAGGGUCUUGAUCCAGAUGGGCUGGUACAAACUACCUUGUACUUUGAUAAGCUAGAGAAACCAAGAUCGAGGCAAAAACCUCAGGCACAGCUUCACAUUAACGAAGUCCCAACUCGGCGCAAUCCACCAUUCCGAAAGCCAAAGAGAGUCAAGGAACGAGAUCGAGGUGACCGCAAGAAGGAUGCUUGCACUGGCAGCGGUCUUGAAGAAUACCUGCUUGAAUCUCGAAACGAGAACAAAACCUCGAAUGGUCCUGCGAGACGUCGGCGCGACUUCGACUCCCCUAGUUCACAAGAUUUCAUACUUGUGGAUUCUGGGGUCAAUCAUACUAUCAAUCAGGCGGCUGCACAACAGCUAGAUCGUGGGCAUACUGGAGUCAGCCCAUUCGAUGGAGACUCGAGGAAGUACCUGAUGAGAAGGCAGCGCUCAGAGGCAGAACAUAGAAGGAAGGGCCGGCAGUCCAUCAAGAGGACUAAGACUUACAUGUUGCCCUUGGAGACUGUGCCAUCGAGUGAUGGAACCGUGCACCUCAUGCUGAACAUGGAGCCCGACAAUACUGAACUUUGUAAUCCUCCGAAGAGAACGCUUUCAUUGGUCGGAUACCGCCAAAAAGCAAGCUUUGGCGUCUUGAUGAGUUUGGAGGACGUGGAUGACAUUCAGUCAAGAUUGCAGACUGUCAUUUCUGGCUGGACAGAGAGAACAUUUGGGGAGAGAGCGGACAUCGAGUUGAAUCUUCGGAGUGCAGUGAAGAACUUUGCGACCGCCUAG